AUACGAAGAAAAGCUGACGAGUUCGGUGCCAGAAGGGAAAAAGCAUCUUUCUUCCUUCCGUUCAACUGCAACUACCAUUCCGUUCAUUUUCGUUUUAACCUUAGUCAAGAUUGAAGCGUUGUUGCAUAAAGUGUAUAGCAUAUUGUCAUGGAAAAUUGUGAGGAGUCAAAGCCGAAACCAUCUUCCUCUGAGCCUGAACCUACUGGGGUGGUCACAACAGAGUCUCAGCCCACUGUGGAGACACAGAUGGCGAAAGCUUCUUCGUCAAUGAUCCCCACAACCUCAUGGUUUACCCCGAAGAGGCUACUCAUUAUAUUUUGCCUGAUCAACUUGUUAAACUAUCUAGACCGAGGAGCCAUAGCAAGCAACGGAGUUAAUGGAACUCAAGGAACUUGCACAAAAGGUGGUACCUGCGCGGCUGGUACUGGAAUACAGGGACAAUUUAAGUUGAACAAUUUUGAAGAUGGAGUUCUAUCGUCUGCUUUUAUGGUUGGACUUCUUGUGGCUUCUCCAGUAUUUGCAUCACUAGUGAAGUCUGUAAAUCCGUUUAGACUUAUUGGAGUUGGGUUGACAGUUUGGACUCUUGCAACCAUGGGUUGUGGUUUUGCUUUCAGUUACUGGUUCAUUACACUUUGUCGCAUGCUAGUUGGCGUUGGUGAGGCAUCAUUUAUAAGUCUUGCAGCUCCAUUUAUUGAUGACAAUGCUCCAGUUGCUCAGAAAACAGCAUGGCUUGCGAUAUUUUACAUGUGCAUACCAGCGGGAUAUGCUCUUGGCUAUGUUUUUGGUGGUUUUAUUGGAACUCAUUUUGGGUGGCGUUAUGCAUUCUGGGUGGAGUCUGUAUUGAUGAUUCCGUUUGUUAUUAUGGGAUUCUCGAUGAAGCCUUUGCAGAUGAAAGGUUUUGUUCCUGCUGAAUCUCAAAAGGCAGUGGCGCCUGAGACUGUUGUCUUGCAAGUUCAAGAUACAGAGGCUUCAAAUGGUAAAGACGACUCACUGUCCUUGAAGUCAAAGUUUGAAGAUAAAAGCUCGCGUGAACCAUCCAAGUGGUCAACAUCAGCUAGCAAUGUAUGGGAGCAGAUCUCACUAUUUAUGAAAGAUAUGAAAGUGCUUUUGCUUAAUAAGGUUUAUGUCGUUAAUGUUCUAGGUUACAUAGCAUACAACUUUGUCAUAGGUGCUUACUCAUAUUGGGGACCCAAAGCUGGGUAUUAUAUAUAUAACAUGACUGAUGCUGAUAUGAUAUUUGGAGGAAUCACAGUCGUGUGUGGAAUAUUGGGCACGUUAGCUGGAGGCUUAAUUCUCGAUUACAUGAACAACACCCUAUCAAAUGCAUUUAAGCUUCUUUCGUUGUCAACAGCUAUUGGGGCAGCAUUUUGUUUUGGUGCAUUCUUAUUCAGAAACAUGUAUGGCUUCCUUGUUCUUUUUGCCAUCGGUGAACUACUUGUUUUUGCCACUCAGGGUCCCGUGAAUUAUAUAUGUCUUCAUUCUGUUCAACCAAGUUUGAGGCCUCUAUCAAUGGCUAUGUCCACCGUUGCCAUUCAUGUCUUCGGAGACGUGCCAUCUUCCCCACUUGUUGGAGUUUUCCAGGAUCAUAUUCACAACUGGAGAACCACCGCACUGACUCUAACUGCUAUCCUAUUCCCAGCAGCAGGAAUAUGGUUUAUAGGUAUAUUUUUGCGCAGUGUUGAUAGAUUUAACGAAGAUAAUGAAGUGCAAAGGUCAAACACCACUCCAUUGCUUAAAGAGAAUAAUAAUACUGAAGAUACAUCACCAUCUGCUCCUCCUGCUCCUCAACACCAACAAUGUUGAUUCCCUUAUAUUUUCUUAGUGUUUAUACGGCCACCAUUCAACUGUAUAUAGCAUUCGUUUUAUUCUUUUAACACUUAAAACCUCGUUUUUGGUUGUGCUAAAGGAAAAGGAACAUACCAAGAUUCAAUGUUAUAAUGUAUCAUUGGUGUGUGAUAUUUAGCAGCUUUUUUGACUUUUUUUUUGUUAGUGGACCAAAAAAGGGCACUGUGGCUCUGCCAAUCAAAUAUCAUAUUAAUGUUGAAUAUGUCUGAC